AUGGCGUCGACGACGGCGUACGCGCGGCCGUCCAAGCUGCCGGGCGCGGGCCCGGGGGAGCGGAGGCCGGCGCCGCCGCGGCUCAUCCGGGCCUUCCUCGCCUCCGGCGCCAAGAUCGAGCCCCGGAAGCUCGCCGCCGGCCUGCUCGCCGGCUGCUGCCUCGCGCUCCUCACCUACGUCUCCCUCGCCAAGCUCUACGCCGUCUACUCCCCGGUCUUCGUUACUGCUGCUCUGCUGCUGCCGGUUCCGCCGCCAGCCACCACCUCGGCCCUGCUCCAGAACGCUCCGCCGUCGUCCUCCUCGUCGGCGCCCGAAGAACCCGCAUUUACUGGCGGCAGGAACGGCAGCGCCGUGGAUCGCGUCGAUCUGACGGAGAAGGGCCCGGCGACUGCCGGCUCUCGAGAGCCCGGGGUGCCGGAGGCGGUCUCCAGAAAGGAGCACGCCGAGAAGGCGCCGGCGCCGGCCAACACCUCGGCACCAAUGCCAUCUCAGGGAGAAAGGAAGAGCAACAGCAGCAGCAAUGUCGCCGCCGGUCCGAUGAGCUGCGACGAAAAUGGCGUGGACGAGGGGUUCCCCUACGCGCGGCCGGCGGUCUGCAAGCUGUCUGGCGACAUCCGCGUCAGCCCCAGCCAGAAGACAAUGUACCUCGUCAACCCGUCCGGCGGCGGCGGCUUCGACGAGAAGGGCGAGAAGCGGCUCCGGCCCUACGCCCGGAACGACGACUUCCUCCUGCCCGCCGUGGUGGAGGUGACUGUCAAGUCUGUCGCCUCCCCUGAGGCCGCGCCACAGUGCACGAAGCAGCAUCGCGUCCCCGCGGUGGUGUUCUCCGUCGCCGGGUACACGGACAACUUCUUCCACGACAACACGGACGUGCUGAUCCCCUUGUUCCUCACCACGGCGCACCUGAAAGGCGAGGACGAGGUGGCCGCCGCGGCGUCGGAGAUCGGGUUCAACGUGACCGUGGCGGAGGCUGGCGACGACGUGCCGGCGUUCGCGGCCCUGGUGAACUCCGCCGACGUGCUUCUGGCCGUGCACGGCGCCGGGCUGACCAACCAGAUCUUCCUGCCGACGAACGGGGUGGUGCUGCAGAUUGUGCCGUGGGGGAACAUGGACUGGAUGGCGACCAACUUCUAUGGGCAGCCGGCGCGGGACAUGCAGCUCCGGUACGUGGAGUACUACAUCGACGAGGAGGAGACGAGCCUCAAGGACAAGUACCCAAGGGAUCACAUGGUGUUCAAGGACCCCAAGGCCCUCCACAAGCAGGGGUGGCAGGCGCUCGCCGACACCAUCAUGAAGCAGGACGUCAAGGUGAACAUCACCAGGUUCCAGCCCUUCUUGCUCCAGGCCAUGGACGAACUUCAGGAGUAG